AUGGUAUUUGGAUUUGGUAAAGACGAUAAAGACGAUAGAAGAAGAGGUGACGAUGAUAACAACAAUGAUGAUGACAGAUAUGGUGCUGGUGGUUCAUCAAGAUCCGGUAAUGAUGACAAUUACGGAUCAUCCACUUUUGGCUCAUCAAGAAACGAUGAUGACAAUGAUAAUUCAUAUGGCUCUUCAAAGAGAUCUGGCAAUUCGUCCUAUGGCAAUGAUGAUGAUGAUAAUUCAUAUGGCUCUUCAAAAAGAUCUGGCAAUUCGUCUUAUGGCAAUGAUGACAAUGAUAAUUCAUAUGGCUCUUCAAACAGAUCUGGCAAUUCAUCCUAUGGCAAUGAUGACAAUGACAACUCCUACGGAUCAUCAAACAGAUUAGGUGGAAGUUCAUAUGGCAACAACAAUGAUGAUGACAAUGACAACUCUUACGGAUCAUCAAACAAGAGAGGUGGAAAUUCAUCCUCGUUUGGCAACAACAGCAAUGAUUAUGAUACUUUUGGUUCAUCUAAUCGAUCAGGUGGAAGUGGCGAAUAUGGAAACAAUAAUGAUGAUGAUUCCUAUGGAUCAUCCAACAGAAGAGGUGAUGAUGACAACAAUUUUGGUUCAUCAAAUAGAUUUGGUGAAAGUGGUGGAUAUGGAAAUGACAAUGAUGACUCUUAUGGGUCAUCCAACAGACGUGAUUUUUAA